GUGGCCCAACAAAUCGAGACCAAACUGAAGAUUGGACAAGACGAAACAUACUGAAAAACUAGAACGAAGGCACAACAAUAAGACUGAAGGCGCACACAGACACACCCAGCGUUCACAGUGGUUGCUGCGUCGCAAGGUACCGGUGGCGACGGAGGGCUAUCUCAACGAUUUCCGAUUACUGCAUUGAUUCUGUUCACAAGCUCGCAGACUUGAUGGCGUCAAAGUUACAGCAGUUGCAAUCCAAAGCAUGCCAAGCUUCCCAAUUUAUCACAAAACAUGGAACUGCAUACUACAGGCAAUUGUUGGAACAGAACAAGCAACACAUUCAGGACCCUCCCACAGUAGAGAAAUGCAACCUGCUGGCAAAGCAAUUGUUUUACACCCGCCUUGCUAGUAUUCCGGGUCGUAAUGAGUCCUUCUGGAAGGAACUUGAUUAUGCCAAGAAUUUGUGGAAGAACAGGAAAGAUUUAAAGGUUGAAGAUGCAGGUAUUGCUGCUUUGUUUGGCCUGGAAUGCUUUGCAUGGUUUUGUGGUGGUGAGAUUGUAGGAAGGGGAUUUACUUUCACCGGUUACUAUGUUUGAAAAUAACCACUUGAAAGUGUAGAUUUUACCAGGGCUAUAUACUCCUAAAGCCAAUUCCUCUGGUCAUUUAUACAUUGUGUGGAUUAUGUCAUUCUGCAAGCCAAUUUUUGUUAUUCUGAUUCUUUUUUUGAUUUUGGGAAAAAGGUUGAAAAACUAGCGGUUAGCUUUGAUAAGCCUCAAUAACCCCUUGUAGUUGGAAGAGGGAUGGACAUUGCGUUGUUAUAUUAUCAUAUCAUGUUGGAAAAAAGCUAGUGAUGGUACUCCACAUUGAUGAUACUUAUGCAAUUUUUUAAUAUUCUUGUCA